AUGAGCCAUCUGCAGAACUUGCUGUUGGAUACUCUGCUGGGAACAAAGCAUGUUGACAGUGCAGCCCUCAUCAAGCUCCAAGAACGAAGCUUGUGUGUAGCAUCACCAGGAUUUAGUAUAAUGCCUCAUGACAUCCGAACACUUGUGAAUGGAUUCGCCAAGAACCCUUUGCAAACUAGAAGAGAAGGAUUGUAUUUCAAGGAAAAGGACUACAAAUGUAUCCGAGCUGAUGACUAUUCACUUUAUGCUAAGAAUGAAGACACUGGUGUGGUUGUUGUGAAGACACAUCUGUACCUUCUGGUGGCAACUUACAUUGAAGGCAUGUAUCCUAGUGUCUGUGUGGAAGCCACGGAGAAGCUGGGAGAAUAUCUAAGAAGAAAAGGAAAUUAA